GGCCGAGCCUUUGCCAGGUGAGAUUCCCAGCUGAGCCAGAUGCCUUUUUGAGUAAAGCGAGAAGUUCUGCUGAAGUCCAUCCUCCUCCCCACUUAAAGAUCUUUUGAAUUCUCCCCCUCGGCUGAGUUCGGAUUCAGAGCUGUCACAUUUUUGAGGGCGCAACUCUCAAAACGACAAUUUGCUCUCCGCCGUUUGGAUGCCGGAAAAACAAAUCCCUUGGUCAAAAAUCAUGCGGGAUUAGAGGACCCCAGCGAUGUUCGGUCCCAAGUGGAGAAGGUGGGACCUUCCGACUCACAGCGAGGGGCCGCCGGUGCUGCAUUACCCCCGUUUCCAACAUCUACUGGACGAGCCCUUCGUCCGACAGCUGUCCGUCACGCCGGGGUUUGUGGCCGCUCGAAUUCAGCUCUAUAAUUCUCAAGCCGAGAUUUCCGGAGUUCCUUCCCAGCUGGCAAAACCAAACAGGGAUUUUGGCCACGGUACAGAAGAAGCCAGUCAGAGCAAGCCCGAAGGACAAGGAUAUCCGGUCGACGGGGACGAUACACACGGUCAGCCUGGAUGUCGGACAUCCGAACAGUCUGGGUCUGGACGGCAAAGGAAGAACAUGAAUGAAUUUCUCGGUGAUGCCAGGAUCCCAAAUCCUGACCUUUUGCCCCCUACGGCUGCGGCCCCUUCCCCAGUGCCCAAUGGGCCCGACACACGGAAGAACCGGGCGGCCAGCCGUUUCAGCGGCUUCUUCGGGUCGAGCAACAGCGGCAGUUCGUUCCCCAGGGAGCUGGACAAGACGGAGCAGCUGGAGGCCAAACUGCAGUCCUACGGCCUCUUCGGCCUCCCCCGGCUGCCCGAGCAGCUGCGCUUCGACCAGGACUCCUGGGAGGACGGAGAGGAGGAGGACGAGGCCGGGCUUCGGAUGGAGGACAGCUGGCAGCAGAUCAUCCAGGGCGCCGAG